GUGGUUUAGUGUCUCUGCACUGCAUUGAAUCCUGCAGUUUGAUCAAUGCUGUUAUAAACAAAAGACAAUGGAGAAGAUCGUGUUCUUUUGUGUUUUGUCAUUGAGGAUUAUUCAGAUCACCUCCAGCGAUGUUUCAGAUCAUGAUGUGACUCUGUUAAGAUUCCAGCUAAAUCAAAGCAUCCAACUAAACUGCAACACCAGUGAAUUCAGAACGGACUGGUAUCACCAGAAUCCUGAUACUGGACGACUAACGCUAUUGGUUUCUUUCAAAUAUAAUUCACUGCGACAUACAAGUUAUCACAGACAUCGCCUGACAGCUGGAAAAACAGGAAUCAACACAGUCUCGCUAUUUAUUAAAGACCUAAAAGAGUCAGAUUCAGGUCUUUAUUUCUGUGGAACAUCAAGGCAUCAUGAAAUGCAGUUCGGCAAACCCAUCAGACUAGUGAUGGAGGACAGAGAGGACGAAGUUCAUUAUGUCACAGAACCACCAGAGGACAUUGAGAUCACAGCCUCUACAGUCAAGGUGAUGCUGACGGAGCGUGAGCUGAUAUUCGGUGGUGCUGGUCUGUCUGUGCUUCUGUUUUUUCUGGCUACAGUUGUUGCAGGAGGAAUCAUUCACUCUUACGGUUGGCGGAAAAAGGAUGGGCCGCAGCCAAACGUGCUGGUCUGACUGAUUAAAAAAAAACAAAAAACAAAAACCUAAAUGACACUAACUUUGUGUGCUGGAAUAAGCAGCAUAUAUGUUACCACUGAUGUGGUUCAGUUCUCAUGUGGCAAAGCCCUCGAGGAGCAUUAAAAUGCCCCUAUUAUGCUAUUUGAAAGAUUCAUAAUCUGGUUUUGGGAGUCCUCAACGACAGGUUACAUGCAUACAUGGUCAAAAACAUUUUCAUUUUGCUUAUAUUAUGCAUUUAAUUUUACCUUAUUUUUCAACGACUCAAAAUAUCAUCUUUGGAUGUGUGAACUUCACAGAAUUUGAAUUUAAAAUAACUUGUUUCAGCAGUAUGGAGUCAACUCUUUCUUUCAAGAGACAUUAACUUACUUUAUGAUGCACUUUCAGCCGCAAACUUUGCAGACUUUUGCAUACAAAAUGUAUGAUAUGCAUGAAAGGUCAUUUUCAAGUGGCAAUUUGAUAUGUACAUAUAAGAUGAGUUCAAGAGAAAACAUAAACGCCAUGACACAUAAAGCUUGUUCAAAUAAAAUGUCCUCAGUGUUCAAUGUAACGUUAAGAUUUCUGAUCAAAUAAACAGCAGUAAAACUAAUAAAUCACACGUGUUGUGCAUAUUCUGACAAAAAACCUGAUCUUUAGCAAUGCUAAACCUCUUAAGACACAACUGUAUAUAUGCAAUCAUGUCAGAUGUGUUCUCACAGUUUAAGAAAAAAAAAAUUGUUUCACAUCAGUGUCACACAAUGAACAAUCGUGAUCUACUGAAUGCAAUAAGAUCCUACAGCUAAUCCACAAAAAUAUGAGGUGAAAAUAAAUUGUUAUUGUUACUGAUAACAGAAAAGCAUUACUCAUCACGGGCGCUGGAAGUCCUUUCAGGUUGCGCUCUGAAGAGCAUCUAAGGUUUCUAUUCUCAACUUGUUUUAGCAGCUUUGAGAAAUGUAGCCAAUCAUAGACAUAUCUGUUGAUUUCUUGAACGCAAUGGCAAAUCAGAGGCAGUUACAAUCCACUCACCAUUAAAAACGCUGUAUGGAGUGGUCUAGUUUUGAUCUCUGCCUCCACAUUUGCGAUUUAUAAUGAAGCGUAGACACAAUGUCAAUGAUUCAUUGUGCAGCAGGGUUGGAAAUUAAUGAGGGCUUGUGGCAAAAUUGACAAAGGGACAAAAUGGCCCCUGCACAGUUAAACAAUGUAUUACGGCUGUCAUGAUUAAAAUGAA